AUGGAUUCCACAGAUCCAGCAAAAUCCUCAAACUCGGCGGAAACCGACGCCUUGCGCUCGCUCCAGUCAGACGCAGACGCCCAACGAUCAAGUUCUCUGUCGCCUGAAAUCAAAAUCGGAGAGCAAUCUCCUCUGGCAUCUCCAUUCGUUGCCCCUCCGCCGCCACCACCAUUGAGACAUCAGACGCUCCCAAACAUAUCAACGAGACAAUCUAUCUCAGUCUCUCCUUUUCACCAACAUUCACUUCCGAAUCCAUCUGCAUGGACUUCCCAUGGGCCGCCAAACGGCUCACAAGGACCCUCUACAACCUUGUCGAGGACAGUUUCUGCCCAUGUUGAUGCGGCACCGCUCCCACCGCCGCCCAGUCCGAAUCCGGCCAAUAGCGGGCACUCGCGGUCACCGUCUACGACGAGUAGCCCGAGUAGCGGGCAGCAUGGAGUGCCCUACUUGAAACCGCUGGCAGAUCGGAGCGGAGCCUAUACAUCAUCGGCAGCAUACCCAGUUCAGUAUCCACAACACAUCCAGCAUACAGCAAUUCAUUCCAACUCACUACCAGUAAACUAUUACGCGCCGCACUUUACACACACCUAUUCCGCAAUGCAUGGCCGUCCUCAACCACAAGCACAGAUAUUUCAACCUGGAUCCUACCAAUCUUUUUAUCCCUCUCCCCCUCCUGUGCCCUCCCGAAUGGGUAGCUUACCUUCGACCGUGUACAAAUCCGCGUCACCGUCACCAAUUCUGCCUUCCUCAGUCUCCAGUCCCGGACCUUCACCACCUCCGAGACCGCCAAAGCCUCCGGAACUCCACUACAAUGUUGACUCGUCGACUACAUAUCUUACUCCAACCACGCCCACGUCGUCGCCUCCCUCUGUGCCCGCAACCUCGGGGCAACAGAUGGACGACUCCUCUGCUGGAACUUACUUCCAUGAUAGGGCUUUGGGAGCCAAUACUGCUAAUGGUUUAGGACAGCCAAUACCAGUGUCAGGUCCACGUUCAUCCCAUCAUUCUGAGAGGAGUUUGGAAAUCUAUUUCACCCCUCCAGAGGGCAUCCUUCGUGCCCAACUCUCUGAGCGCCGGCUUGGCGUGGAGCGGGGAGACGACGCCAUCGAAGAACGCACAGGGCAUGCAAGUACUACGAGCAUAAGGAAUGAAAAUGAUCGUCGGAAUGGGGGCUUACCUCCAGAGGUGCCAACCCGCCCGGAGAGUCACCCCCAGGAUCAACCAUUGGCGGAUGAGGUUGGACCGGGCGAGACGCCCUUGACCGAAAAUGCAUCCAUAGAUACCGCUAACGAUCCACCGAGCUCGAAUAGUGCUCCCGGGGCUGCCGAAGAAGCCCCUCCCCCAACAUAUGAGCAAGUAUUGCUCGAGCCGCUCCAUGCCGCACUCAUCUCUCCCAUUCCCCGACCUCACUCUGACUUUUCACCUUCAAGACGUGGUAAUCGUCUCCCUCAACCUCCCCAAUCGCCACCUCCUGGUUUCAACGAACCAGUGUUCGAGUCCCUGGAUCACCUCUUCAACCCGACCCCGAACCAGGCGAGUAUCUCACUACCUCAUCAGCCAAUUCUAACCUUGGUGGUCAUCUCCUUUGCAGAUGCGCCCUCGGAAAACCGCGACUCUCAUCCCACAAUCUUUACGUCUCCGCCCACACCUUCACCCCUUCAUUCCCGUUCCAACUCGAGAGCAUCGCCAACAGCUUUCCGUUCACCCGCUCUUCCAAGACGGUUCACGCUUUCUUCAGUCGACAGUCCACCUAAAUCCCCUUCAUCAGAGCCAGAGGACCCGUUUUCGGAUCCAGCGGCCUUUCAGACCAGCUCCAGCCCAUUUGCGGCAGUAUCUACUUCAGAAGCUGCUACCUCUCCAUCGUCCAUGCCAAGAAAUGACUCUUUUUCACGGAAAGAACUGGACUCAAGGCCACAGUUUGAGAGUCACCGCUCGUUUUCUGGGAUUUGGAGUAAGACCAGUGCUCCUUCGACACCCAAAGACGAGUUUGGGAGUGAGGAGCUUUAUCGCCAAAGCACGGACUUGGCCAAGCAACAGAGCAACAGCAAGGGCAAGCAACGGGCAGAGAGCGGAUCUCGCCUGAGCACUUUCUUUCGACCAUCCAGCUCUCAUGGCAAGCCGGCAACGCCGAGUCAAGAACCAUCAUCACCGGCGUUGGAUACUGCCAGAGCGGGGAGUGUCGAUCUCCUCGGGGAUCUCCCGUCAGAGGCGUCGUGGAUGAACGAGGGAUCCGUCGGAGAGUCUGGAUUGACCGACCCACCACUUCCGGUUGAAGACGAGCAAUCGGCAAAUGUUGUGCCAAAGUUCGGCUUUCGUAACCCGCAUUGGGAUGCUGUUCCAACAGAAGGUUCCUACUCCGAUCCAUCAAAAUGGCCUGAAUGCAUUGCCUUGUAUCCACUUGGAUCCGAGCCAUUCUUCAUACGAGCACCAUCCUGGAGAGCACUGCUUCGCUUUUUGGCUUCACAGAGCACAACUCGGAUUGAACCGUCGGUAGAGGCUCUCGCUGUUUCGCGGACACCAACUAUCGACCUCCGUCUCGUCGUCCAAUUUGUACGCACUCAGUAUACUCCCAAGAACACAACACGAGACGUUUGUCUAUACUUUACUCUCCACUGCGAGAUGCCAGCGGCAGACACCAAACAAGGACGAAACAUCAGUACGACCGAUCGUAACGCUAUGGAGAGUUGGGAUACCAGAGUGCUCCCAUACGGGUUUAUAUGUGGCCAACACAGCCUCCUGAAGAAUCCCAAGGUGCGACCAAGCCCCCACAACGAGCCACUAGGUUUGCGGGGAACGCCUAUGCGAGACCAGGAUCCGGAUGGAGAAGAUAGCAUAUUCGUCACGCUACCUCCUCCAUUUGUCGAGCUACCCGUGAAACUGAGCGACAUUGCCCUCUACCUUCACGAGUGUCUGGUCCUCUCCAGAAACCAUGGGAAAAUCCGUCGGAACAAAGAGGCCGGGAAAAACAGUCUGGAGCCCCCGGUCUCGAAACUGAGACGAGGGCGUGGCAGUUCUACUAAUCUCCCGGAAGAAGUUGAACCGAAAUGGGGGCCGUCGACGCCUGCAGAGUCGGACCAAAGUCAUGCGUUUCCAUCCAACACCGUUGCAACAAACAUCCCAGGAAUCAACCGCCUCGCAAAGGCCAUACGCUCCAUUUAUCCAAACGAAUACGGGCUGGGCAGCACAAAGCCGGACCCGGCAAACUCGACUGGGCACUUACAACCCCAAAAGGUCACCAACGUCAACGAUCAUAAUAAACCAGGAGGCGCGCGAAAGGGAGGGAUCCUGGGGGCAUUCCAGCGAAUGCGUAGCAAGAGUUCGAUGGCGAAAAAUACCGUUGGGACCUUGGCAGCCGGAUCUGGUCCUCCUAGACGAGAUAUGAAUACUGAACGAUUCGAGCUGGUCACCCCUUGGCGACAAACUGCGGAGUGA